AUGAAUCAUGCUCGAGAAUUCCACACAGCACUCGUAUUAACAAACGGAAAGGUGUUAGUUAUUGGUGGAUAUGGUGGUUCUGUUUUAAAGAGUACGGAGUUGUAUGAUUCAUCAACAGGAAUAUGGACUGACUCUGGUAGCAUGACUUCUGCUCGGCAUCAUCAGACAGCGUCCAUACUAGCAAAUGGAAAAGUAUUAGUUAAUGGUGGGUAUGAUAGUAGUUAUUUGAAUAGUGCAGAGUUAUAUGAUCCAUCAACAGGAAUGUGGACAAUCACUGGUAAUAUGAAUUAUGCUCGGUGUUACCAUGCAACAUCUGUGUUAACAAAUCGAACAGUAUUAGCUACUGGUGGAUCUAAUGGUACUAGUUCUUUAGAUAGUACGGAAUUGUAUGAUUCAUCAACAGAAAUGUGGACAAUCACUGGUAAUAUGAAUUAUGCUCGGGAUUAUCACACAUCAUCCAUACUAGCAAAUGGAAAAGUAUUAGUUACUGGUGGACUUGCUGGUUCUGCUUUAAAUAGUGCAGAAUUGUAUAAUCCAUCAACAGGAAUGUGGACAAUCACUGGUAAUAUGACUUAUGCUCGGUGUUAUCAUACAGCAUCCAUAUUAGCAAAUGGAAAAGUAUUAGUUACUGGUGGAGCUAAUGGGCCUGUUUUAAAUAGCGCAGAAUUGUAUGACCCAUCAACAGGAGUAUGGUCAAUCACUGGUAGUAUGAAUUAUGCUCGGGAUUAUCAUACAGCAUCCAUAUUAGCAAAUGGAAAAGUAUUAAUUACUGGUGGAGCUAAUGGGCCUUCUUUAAAUAGUGCAGAAUUGUAUGAUCCAUCAACAGGAGUGUGGACCAUUACUGAUAGUAUGAGUUAUACUCGACGUUCCCACGCAGCGUCUGUAUUAACAAGUGGAAUAGUGUUAGCUACAGGUGGACUCGUUAGUGGUAGUUAUUUAAAUAGCUCAGAGCUAUACCAACCAUAA